UGAAUUAUAACUUGCAGAGUUGCAGGUAGAGCGCUCACUCCGAAACCAAACAGCACCUUUCCAUUCUCCUUAUUUCUGACACAUUUUUCUGCAAUGGCUGCGCGAGGAUUGUUCAUCGACGGCGGUUAUCUGCUGCCGGCCGGAGAGGCAGAAUUCUCCUCGGAAAGCCGUUAUGUGCUGGAAGGAAAGGCGGCGGCUAUGGAGAAUAACAGCAAUAAUUUCCCUGUUGAUGACCUGCUUAAUUUCUCCGUGGAGGACGAGGUCAUGGCAGACACUUUCUUCGACAGUGUUACUGGUGACUCCUCCACCGUCACCGGCGUCGACAGCUGUAACUCCUCUAUCUCCGGCGGCGGCGGUAAUUUUAACGGUAACCUUGGUUGCCGCAGCUUCACCGACGCUCCUUUCCCUCCGCCGUCCGAAAUUUGCGUUCCGUAUGAAGAUUUGGCGGAGCUGGAAUGGCUGUCAAACAUCGUUGAAGACUCAUUCUCAAGCGACGAGCUUCAAAACCUUCACCUCAUUUCCGCCACUAAAACUGCCUCCACCGCCGCCGCGGCCGCCGCCAGUAACAUAACGGAUACUCUUUCCUCCGUGACCAAUAUUGCCCCCAAAGACGAGGUUUCACCUCCGGCAUUCCGUUCCGACGUAUCUGUUCCCGGCAAAGCACGAAGCAAACGCUCCCGAACUGCGCCUUGCGACUGGUCCUCCCGCCUCCUCCACCUCUCCUCCCCUGCCACGUCAUCCUCCGACAGCAAUUGCUCAACCGCAAUUCCCCGAGCGACGAAAACGGCGGCGUGCAAAAGGAGAGAAAACAGCGAAACUCCAGGCAGGAAGUGCCUGCACUGUGCUUCUGAAAAGACUCCGCAGUGGCGUACAGGUCCGUUGGGGCCGAAGACACUCUGCAAUGCCUGUGGGGUCCGGUACAAGUCGGGUCGGCUCGUGGCGGAGUAUCGACCCGCGGCGAGCCCCACUUUCGAGUCAAAUAGGCAUUCCAACUCCCACCGGAAAGUCCUGGAGCUCCGGCGGCAAAAGGAUCUCCGGAGACAACACCACCAGCUGCAGCAACAGCAGCAUCAAUCAUUGAUCAGUCAAGCCUCGAUUUUCGGUAUAUCCAACGGUGCUGAAGAUUACUUGCUUCAUCAUCAUCAUCAUCUAGAAAGUGGUUGUCCUGAUUUCAGGCACAUCAUCUAGUCUGCCCAGCAACAUUAGUUUUCACCUUUACCUUUAAACAACCCUUUUUCCCCCAUUGAACCGGACUUAGAUUUAUUUGAAUUAUCGAGGAGGGAAACCAACCAAAAAAAAAAAAAAAAGUCACUUGAAUUUUGAAUUGCGCAAUGCUUUUGUUCAUCAGAAUUAAACCAUUUCUUUAGAUAAAAGUAUUAAAAAGUUUGUGUCU